AUGGACACGAUAAGUGAUCGACAUCACCGAUGUCUCUUCGGAUGGGUCCAUGUUUCAAUAACAAUCCGCCUAAUCCUCGCCUAUUUCGUCCUUUUCAACGUGGGACUGGGCCUUUUGGGCCUUCCGUGGUUCAGUAUCUACAUCGGUCUGAGCGGUCUUUGUCUAUGUUUCUUCACGUGUUUUCAUGUUUACAAAAAGAAUGAUAGGAUGAUGUUUCCCUUCUAUCUCUAUGUGCUCUUCACAAUAUUCUAUUUGCUGUUUCUUGGAGGAUACUUCUUUUUUGUCAAUAUAUUUCACAAGGAAAUGGUUAAAGAAGCCCUUGGCGACCAUUCCGACUCGAUUUCAUUCAUUUGGCACUUUGCAGAUAUUGUUUUAAUAAUGACUCAUGCUUGGGUACUCAGUGUUACCUCGAAAUGUCGAAAGUACUUCCGAUGGGUUGCAGAAGGAGGUCAGAAAGGUGAGCAAAUGUUGUGA